CACCCGGCCGUUCAGUAGUUCGUGAGAAGCCAACGUGACCGUUUGUCGUCCAACGCAGCAAAGCAGCCAAAAAUCUACAAACAAGGAGUGCAAUUGUUGUAGCGUGUGCUAAGCUAAAAUAAAUAAAAAAAAAUAUAAUUUUUCAAGAGAAAAAACUCUAAGCAGCCAACUCAAGUGCUAAACGAGAUUUACAAACGCAAUUUAAUUACACAAACGAAAAUUACAUAAAACUUUGGAAACGAAAAUUUCGUGCAUUUGUUGUAACGUGUGUGUGCGCGUUUAGAUUUUCGCAGCAAAGCGGCUGAAAAAACAAUCGAGCAAACGAAAAGUCUAAUAGAAAUUGGAAAAUAUCUCUACACACGUUUGUUUGAACUCUGUUGCUUCGCUCCCUAUACGCGGCGAUAACAAGAAAAGCAAGUAAAAACUAAAAGACGCACAAAAGAAAAGUCGAAAAAAUAAAACAAAAUUUGAAAAAAAAAUUUUAAAAAUUAAAUAAAAAACUUGAAAAAAAUUUGAAAAUAAUUAAAAAAAAAAUUAUCUACAAUAACAAAAAACAAACGCUCAUUUGUCAAAUUUGAACAAAAAACAAAGCUGUUUUCUUCCCCCCAAGUGUCGUGUGAAAAAAUAAUGAUUAAAAGUUCUUCGUCGAUUAAAAAUUUGUGGUUGUCCAAAAGCGCCCAUUUAAAUGCAUUGCUCGUUAAUGGAUUUGUGAGUAAGCGUGCUAAAGCGACUGCUUUGAGUUUGGUUGAGAAUUUGGAUGAGUCGACGGCGAAUGGCAACGGUCUUAACGGCAGCGGCAAGAACAACAGCAACGGCAAAGCGACGACAGCGCUGACAGCCAACAGUGGCAACAACGACACUAGCAACAACAACAACAGCAACAACGGCACCACCAAUUUAACCGAGGCGAAACAACAAACAUACUACAACAACACGGUAUGGUUAGAUGAUCGCAGCAAGUAUGGCCACACCGGCAAGGAGUUGCAAGAGAAAAUUGCCGCAGAGAAACGCCUACGCGCCGCUCCAUUGUUAAAUCUAGUGUUUGCCAAUCGGAAAUUGUCCUUUUACGAUACCAGCCACACUCCCGGCAGAGAUGACGGCAUGCGCCUACAGAAGCGCUUCUUAUCGAUGCGACCUCAUCGGGAGCAGGAGCAACGCAACGCCGAAGAUGUGCUUUUCGAUAUGUUCUACAAUGAGGAGACUGGACUUAUAUCGAUGGGUAAAUUUUUGGCCGCCCUCAAGACGACCGGCAUUAGGCGCAGCGAUCCACGCAUACGCGAACUGAUGGAGAAUUUGAAGAAGGUGCAUAAAUUGUCGAAUUAUGAGACUGGCUCGUCGGCGGAAACGCAAAACUUGAAUCGUGAAACAUUUAAAGCCGUUGUGGCACAGAACAUCGUCUUGAUCGCCAAGGCUUUCCGUCAACAAUUCAUCAUACCCGAUUUUGUGAGCUUCGUUAAGGAUGUCGAGGAUAUCUAUUGGAAAUGUAAGACGAAUGCCGAUGGCGCCGUCGCCAACUACAUACCGCAAUUGGCGCGCUACAGUUCCGAUUCGUGGGGCGUUAGCAUCUGUACGAUCGACGGCCAACGCUACUCCAUUGGCGAUGUAGAUAUACCGUUCACUUUGCAGAGUUGCAGCAAACCGUUGACGUACGCCAUCGCCUUGGAGAAGCUGGGACCGAAGGUGGUGCAUUCGUAUGUGGGCCAAGAGCCAAGUGGCCGCAAUUUCAACGAAUUGGUGUUGGAUCAUAACAACAAGCCACACAAUCCUAUGAUCAAUGCGGGCGCCAUUCUAACCUGUUCACUGCUGCAGGCUUUGAUCAAACCCGAUAUGACGGCAGCUGAGAAAUUCGAUUACACACUGCAGUGGUUUAAACGCCUGUCGGGCGGGGAGAAUAUCGGCUUUAAUAAUGCCGUGUUCCUGUCGGAACGCGAGGCAGCCGAUCGUAAUUAUGCUUUGGGCUUUUAUAUGCGUGAGAAUAAAUGCUAUCCGAAGCGCACGAAUCUCAAAGAGGUCAUGGACUUCUACUUCCAGUGCUGCUCCAUGGAGACCACCUGCGAGGCCAUGUCUGUGAUUGCCGCGACACUAGCUAAUGGUGGCAUUUGUCCCACCACCGAAGAGAAAGUAUUGCGUCCCGAAGUCGUACGCGAUGUACUCUCCAUAAUGCAUUCGUGCGGCACCUAUGACUACUCCGGUCAGUUCGCCUUCAAAGUUGGCCUACCAGCCAAAUCGGGUGUCUCCGGUGGCAUGAUGUUGGUCAUACCAAAUGUAAUGGGCAUAUUCACAUGGUCACCACCGCUCGACAAAUUGGGCAAUAGUGUGCGUGGUGUACAAUUCUGUGAAGAAUUGGUGAGCGCCUUCAAUUUCCAUCGCUAUGAUAAUCUCAAACAUGCAUCGGACAAGAAAGAUCCACGUAAACAUCGUUACGAGACCAAAGGACUGUCAAUUGUGAAUUUGCUCUUCUCAGCGGCCAGCGGUGAUGUGACGGCAUUGAGACGUCAUCGACUCUCCGGCAUGGAUAUCACAUUGGCUGAUUAUGAUGGUCGAACGGCGCUACAUUUAGCCGCCUCCGAAGGUCAUUUGGACUGUGUGAAAUUUUUAUUGGAGCACUGUCAAGUGCCACAUAAUCCAAAGGAUCGUUGGGGUAAUUUACCGGUUGAUGAAGCGGAAAAUUUCGGACAUCAUGCCAUUGUGGACUAUCUGAAAGAGUGGGCAGAGAAGGCUGAAGCGGCCGAUGCUCACACACCUGAAGCGGUUAUUAAAAAUACCGAAGCGGAUGAGGAAAUAAUUACUUCCAAUCAGAGCAUUAGCUCCGAAUACGAUCGCAGCGCCACUGCUAGUCCCAUACCGUCGGAUACAGGCAGCAGCAGCGGUAUCGAUGAUAAUACCAAACCUGGUUUCUAAACUCAACAUAUGUACAUCACGCACACAAACACACACACCUAUAGACUUAGCACCCAUCAAUUCGCAUCACAAAUACCUACAUACACAUACUUAAGACAAUGAUUUGACAUGAUUCCUGGAGAAUCUCUUACGAAAUGUAAGCAUAUAUACCAAAAAAAAACAAGAAAAAGUUCCGACGUCCGUUCGGCAGACACUGCAAAUCUUCUACGCUGCAUUAUGCAUAUUUUAAAAUAAUUCAUUUAUUUACUAUACUUAAUUUUAGUUUAGUACUUUAGUUGUAGUUUUAGGUCCUCAGCAUCUCACAACUACAUAAAUGGACAGCCGUUAUGAUGGCAUAUAUGUUUGUAUGUAGCGAAUAAGUACAGAUUUGUGUUAAAAUAUUGACCCAUAAGUAUUUACAUGCAUAAUGCUUUUAGUUUAUUCACAUAGUCUCAAUAUUAUGAGCGUUUCGGGAGUGAUUAUUGAGUGGCAAAUUGAGUUGCACUCGAUUGUGAGCUAUUUUAAAGCGCGAGUUGUGCGAAUAUGCAUAAAAAAUGUAUGUUUGGAAGUAAUUGUGUAGAUUUUUUGAGCAUACUUUAAAAGAAAGAAAAGUUCUUAAAUAUUUAUAUCACACUUUUGUUAAAAUAUGCGAAAAUCACUCAGCUUUUAUGUGAGUAAUUACGAUAGACUAUCUUAAUGUUUGACAAAUAAUAAAUACAUUAGUGCAGAGACGGCUAAAGUUUCCUAUAAAUUAUAGUUGAAAAAUAUUCAUAUGUACCAUGCUGAAACUAUAAACAAAUUAA